UUCCCUCUCUCCACCCACCCCUCCCCCCGCUUGCCUCCCGUAUCUAACCCAGGACAACUCCAGCUCGCCCGGGGGGGUCCCUAAGGCACCUUCUUUCGGCCUGAAUCGUGAGACCUCUGCCCCUUCCCUGGGAUGAAAAAGGCCCCGCCUCCUUCCCGAAAUCCCGGGGCCCAGAGAUGGGCAGCCAUCUGAGUGGCGGCAGCAACAGAGGAGGGGAGAUUUAGACUGGCCCACCAAAAUACAAUUUAAAAGCAAAGAAAGAUGAUCGGUUACCGGCCGUCUCUCCCCAUCAUCAUCACCGGCUCAACAACUGCCCUCCGCUUAAAGUCUGCGGCGAUCUCUCCCGCGAUAUGGAAGGCGGCAGCAGAGCUGGGAUGGCGAACGACCAGGUGAAGAACCUCCAGAGUGAGGUGGAGGGAGUCAAGAACAUCAUGACACAGAACGUGGAGCGGAUCCUGGCCAGGGGAGAGAACCUGGACCACCUGCGCAACAAGACAGAGGACCUGGAAGCGACCUCGGAACACUUCAAGACGACCUCCCAGAAGGUGGCGCGCAAGUACUGGUGGAAGAAUGUCAAGAUGAUUGCCAUCAUCUGCAUCAUUGUUGCCAUCAUCAUCAUCCUGAUCAUCCUCUUUGCCACCGGUGUCAUUCCAACCUAAGCAUCCUGCCUGCUGUUGGAUUUCUUUCCGGCGCCUUCCCUUGACUCCUGUGUCGCCACCGGAAGCAGCAGCAGCUCCUCCUCCCUCCUCGUUCUCCUCCUUCGCCCCUUUCUUCUCCUUCUCCUUCCUUUUUCUGAUGGCUGAAAUUUCUUAACUGAACCAGAAGAGGCUCUCUAAGCCUCUUCUGGUUCAAUUCCGUUUCCUGUAAUUGCGGGCCAGGAAAGGACAAUCUUAGCAGGACGUGUGGGUGCUUUCCAGCCUCUGGUGAACUCCUGAGAGGGGUGCCCGUGUGCUUCUUAAAAUGAUGACAGUAGUCCUCAUGAUGAUCCUAAAAUGUGGGAGAGAGGGGACUUAGCUCUCCUUUUCUUCCCCGCUGCCUUAGCCUCUUGCCCUUGACACAGGGCUUGGGGCCCAGAUGUACAUUUCGCCCCCCGGAAGGGCCACGUGCCUCAGUGGCCCAGGAGAAAGCGGCCUGCCUCCAACCACUUCCCCUUUGCUUGCCCACCUGCUCUCCGCACGGCCAGGCCCACCCUUUGAUUAGCGCUGGCUGCUUUCGGCUCCUGCCUCUCCUGACCAAGGGCCUCUCUGAUCUCUUUGUUUGUUUGUUUCUUUUAGAGGAGGGGUGUGUGUUCUUUUUCAAAUUCGCUAACAGUAAUAAAUGUACAUACCAGUCCUUGGCGAAUACAGAAAUCUGUUGAAAAGAAUGUUUGUCUUUGGGACCCUCAUUUCAUAGCUCUAGCUCAGCGUCCCCUAUAUCCAGCACAGUUCUUUCCAAAGCCUUCCAAGCAGUUCCCGUCGGUUAUUUCAGAUCUGCAAGGAUGCUAAGGAUCUCUGACUUUCUGCAGGGCCCCACCUCUGGGUCAAAAAAGACGGGACAGAAAGCCUGUAAGCAGAAGAGGGAACUCCUCUGUGUUGGCCCCAAAAGUGGGGUCUCUCUUGUCUCUCCGUGUCUUCAAAGUGGAUUGGUUGUCUCGAAUUCAGUGUGGGAUAUUUCUUUUCUUUUUUAAAUGCUGAUUUCUCAGGCACCAGAAAGCCUGCCUGAACCACGUCUCUCCAGAUGCAAGGGAGAGAGGAUCUGCAAAAUCACCUCCGUGCCAGUCUCUUAUGAAUCCUCUGCCAGCUGGCUUUCGGAGCAGGUUGAGACUCCUCCCCAGCCUCAAGUUACAAUCUUGAGAGGUCAUCAUCAAAUAAAGGAUGUUUCUCUUUUCU